AUGGCUCCCGAGGCGUCGGCGGUGCCCCAGCCUCCGGCGCCUCUGCUUCCCCCGGCAGCCGCUCGGCGGAGCUGGGCAACACUCCACUGCACUGCAGAGCGCCAACGCCAACCAAGCAGCCCGCCUACCCUCUCGCCUCUCGCCCCAGCCAAGUGCGCGGCGGCCACCGGGCCCGAGGAGAGCGCAGCGCCUGGCGCACACAGCGGGCGGGGGCGGCGCUGCGACCCGGGCGGGGGCCGUGGGGCCUCCCCCGCAACGCGCCGCGCCGCGCCGCCGGCUCAGCGGAGACGUGCGCCCCGCGGCGACGACAGAGUGCCCCUACCCCGCGCGGAUUCGCAAACAAAGGAGACUGAGGUUCGAUCCCUGACCCAGGAAGAUUCCACUUGCCAUGGAGUGCCUAAGCCAGUGUACCACAACUAGCGCACCUGCACUCUAGAGCCUGGGAACAACAGCUAUUAAGCCCACGAGCCACUACUACUGAAGCCCUGCAACCUACAGCCCGUGCUCUGCAACAAAUAGGAAAAGCCACUGCAAUGAGAAGCCCAUGCCCUGCAGCUAAAGAAGAGCCUGUGCAGCAAUGAAGACCUAGCACA